UGACAACGUGCCUGAUGCCGAAAUCAUGCUCUUGCCGGUCAAUCCAUCUGGCGCGCGGCCGUCCGGGUUUCCCAAAUCCGCGGGGACAUUCUCAAUCAUGACCACUGCAGUGCGGCCUAAAUCGACCGGUUCUGUCAAGCUUGCUUCGGCGGACCCCAGAGCCCAGCCUAUCUGCGAUCUUGGAAUGUUGAUGGAUGCUUCCGACAGAGUUCCGCUUCGUAAGGCGCUCAAGUCAGCGCUUGAGCUGGGUCGUGCCGUGCAGAAAAGCGGGUACUCUAUUUCAGAAUACGACGCUCCAGCCAGCGAAAGCGAUGCUGAUCUCGACGCAUUUAUCACAGCGAAAUCGAUCACAACUUACCACUACUCGUCGUCCUGUCGCAUGGCCGAGGAAAACGAAGGUGGGGUCGUCGAUGAUGAGCUGCGGGUCCAUGGUCUGGCAGGCCUGAGAAUCGCCGACGCGAGCGUCUUUCCAUGGGUUCCCGCUUGUCAUUUGCAGGCCCCGGUUGUGAUGAUUGCCGAGCGUUGUGCUGAGUUUGUGAAGAAUAGUCGUGCACUGUGAUACCCUGUCCGAAUCUGACUCGAUCAUGUAUUGGCUCCAAUAUGCAGAUCUGUUGUUCAUGAUGUUCGUUCAUUGCGGGAAACAUUUCGAGCAAUCGAGUCGUCCCGAAUGCUUCACCGUGGACAGGGCUCAAGCACGUGAGCGAACGUGGUUGAGCUCUUUACAUACUUAUGCAUGGACUCCGAUCCCAUCCUCGGUCGUUAAUGAGCAACGGUCACUGUGUGGACAUACAUAGGUCUGCUACGGACGGAUCCCCACAAUGCCCCGGAAAGGAGCGUCGUCCUGCAUCGCACUGAAGACCCACAGGGCGUACUUUGCCCGAACAUCAGGCCUACUAGCAAGGGAUAGGUCGCCUGCUUACUUUGCCUUGACACGAGACCAAUACCACACUAAAAACUCGCCUGUGAAACCCGAUGCCCAGCCGAUCUUUUGUUCGCGAAGCAAGCUCGCGCGUGGUCCCUCACAACGAUGUACAAUGCGAAACUCCAGUCAGAUCAUUCCGCAUUGCUAUCAUUCCAUCUGCAAUGUGGGGAAGACGGAUGCAGUCCGAGUCUCGAUGCCCCGUGGGAGUCCUGAGCAGCUUUUUGGUUGAUGCUAGGCCCUGGCAAGUCGUGUGUCGUGGAUGGUGGCUGUUCCGCCUGGAUUAACUGAGAUUUCCCAUGUCCCUCCACUCGCCGACCAAGGCGCUGAGCGGCAACGCUAUUUUGAGCCGCUCGUGGAUACAUAAAGCUCACAGUCUGGCUGAGGCUCGACAUCAACUCCGAACCCAUGGAUUCAGGCUCCCUCCCGCCGUCAGUCAUCGAAUCCAUAAUCGAGGCGUACGCGGAGGGCAUCCGGCCCGCGUUCGCCUUCAUUCUGAUACCUGCCAUUUUCGCAGCUAUGCUCGUCCCUCUUCUUAUCAUACUCUGGACGCUUUCGACUCCCCAGCUCCGGCGGGGACCCAUUUUCAUUCUCAACACGGCGUCCAUCUGCUCUGGCUUGAUACUGAGUGCACUCAGCACUCACCUUGCGAUGGAAAGCGUCCUAUCACCGUUCCACUCAAUCUCCAAGGGUGAAGACCUCGUAUACACGGCACUGGAUGCCUGGCUCCCCUGGAUUGCGGAAUCCGUCCUGCUUUUCCGUGUCUGGAUUGUGUUUCCCCGCGCGCAGCUUCCAUACGUGCUUGCGUUCCCGGUCCUCAUCAAGAUCGGACGAGCCGUCUUAAAUAUAUUCUUCACCGUCAGCUGGGCAAAGGCGCUUUUCCGCCCUGAGACAAUCAAUCAGAUCCAGAUUCUCCAUCAGCUCAAUCCGAUAUACUUUCAAUUGGGGUACACCCUGGAGCUAGUUGACAAUGCAUACAUCUCAGGGCUUUUUCUGUGGCGACUCGGCCGGACCGGGCAUCUAUUCAACGGCCAUGCAAUCGGCAGGCUCGACUUCAAGCAAACCUACUCCGAGCGUUUGAAAGACCUGUUUUGGAUUGCCAGUACAAAUUUCGUGUUCCCGAUAAUUUUCAGUGUGUCACAGAUUGUGGCCGUCUUCAGGGGCGACAUAAUUCUCGGCGCCAGUCUUAGCUUAGCCAACUGCUACGUUGAAAUCAUCUCGACCGUCUUUGCCACCGUAUGGUCCUCUACGGCCUCCUUCGCCGAGGCGACCAAGAGCACGUCGUUCUUGACUACAAGUUAUUCACAGGCAAGACCGUCGGCUGGCCAGCCGAUAGAAUUGUACAUGGACCGAGUUGUGAGCGUUACGACGGAUUCGCUUCCGAACGAAGGACAGCAAAGAAAACCUGUUGCCGUGUAGUAUCUCAGUCAAGUGUAGGGAGCACCCGGAGUGAUGAGAGUCGCUGUGCAGAACCAUUCGCAGGAUUUCCGCUGAUUGGUCCGAGUUCGGUCUGUACGAGUCGAUCUAGAAGAAAGACAAUUGCUCGGGGAGGAAUGUAUCUUACUCUCAGUAAAGGAUUCGGCAAUUGACUCCCACGGCCAGAUAAGCCAUACGAUCCAUGUGUGCCUUCGCAGCAAGGUCAUUUGCACGCGCCGGAACCUGCGCGUUCGCACGUGGUGAUGGCGUGACCGGAUCACAUGACGGUAAACAGACGCCGGGGGAACACAGAUCAGAGUCACUCCAACGUCGCUAAAUAUCAGCGACGGGAGAGCGACCGACGUUUUUUUUGGGUCUGAAUCUCGAACUCAGCAGUCCCAUCUCUCCGUCGAGAAGGAGGCCGCUCUCUGCCUGUAGCUAUCGCAAGUCCCCAUAUCUUGAGGGGAAUGGAAUCAGAUCAUGUCUUGUCUGUGACUCAGCUGCAUCUACCUAGUGGCGUUGGGAUUCGAGACGAUCUGGCGCCACUCAAUAUCCCGCUGGUCAAACAUCUUCCCGGAGUCGGAGCUCAUUUGAUCAUGUUAGCGUCCCGGUCAUUUACCGGGUUCCCAUCACUGACAGCAUUGAUCUUCUCAUCGAACGCCCGUUGGCUGCAAUCCCACAACUGUUCAAAUACGUGUUCACCGGCCGGGGGAUUCUCGGAAACCAGUCCAUCUGCCGCGCGACCGUCCGGCUCUCCCAGAUCUGCGGGGACAUUCUCAAUCAUGUUGACCGCGGUGCGACCCCAAUCGACCGGUUCUGUCAAGCUCGCUUCGGCGGAUCCCAGAGCCCAGCCUAUCUGCGAUCUCGGAAUGUUGAUGGAUGCUUCCGACAGAGUUCCGCUUCGCAGGGCGCUCAGGUCAGCGCUUGAGCUUGGUCGUACUGCGACGAAGAGCGGAUGCUCUUUUUCCGAAUACGAUGCUGAUCUUGACGCAUUUAUCGUAGCCAAUCGAUCACAACUUACCACUACUCGUCGUACUGUCAAUCCACACAGUGCUGCGGAAAGGAGCGUUGUCCCAUCUUUGUGCGGACGGCUUUGGCCUGAAAACCCUAAGCGGACGUUCUACAAGCAUCAGACCUAGAAAGG